CGAGUUUUAACAAGUGCAUGCAUGGAAAUACCUUAGGUGGGAUCUUGGUGCCAUUGACGAACUACCGAUCUCUUUGAGAAUCGUCAUCCAAAAUAUAAUUGAAACUAUGGAAGAUAUUGAAAGAGAAAUGAAGCCGCGAGGAAGAUCCUCUACUGUGCAAUACAUAAUAGAAGAAAUCAAACGCGUUGGGAGAGCGUUCUUAGACAUAUCAAAAUGGGCACGAGCAGGUCAUGUUCCAACCUUUGAUGACUACAUUGAGGUUGAGACUGUCACGGCUGCAGUUAGAUGCUUUGCAAUGUACAGCAUUUUAGCAAUGGAAAACUGUGAUGAAAAUCAAACGAACGAGUGGUUCAUAUCCGAACCCAAAAUUAUAUUAGCUUUGGCUAUUAUAUAUCGUCUUGAAAAUGACAUAGCCGGCUUUGAAGAAGAUAUGAGGAGAGGAGAGGUGGCUAAUGGGGUGAAAUGUUACAUUAAGCAACAUGGAGUUACCAAAGAAGUGGCCGUUAGCGAAAUGAAGAAGAUAAUUAGAGAUAAUUAUAAGAUAGUCAUGGAGGAGUUCUUGACGAUAAAAAGUGUGCCACGUCCGAUUCUGGUACGGGUCCUCAACAAUGUACGAAUGAUCAAUGUUUAUGAUUACAAAGAGGGUGAUGGGUUUACCAAUCCCCAUGAAAAGCUCAAAGACCUCAUCAACUCUUUGCUCUUCAAGCCUCUUCCGCUUUGAAGACUUAGCUCCCUACCAAAAAAAAAUAAUCAUCUCUACACUUGUUUGUUGCCUCCAAAUUUCUCCAAAUUUAACUGGGUUUUCAAUUACUCUGUAGUCUGUACUAUUAAAUGUUAGACAAUUAU